GAUAUCUUAUCGACCUGAUCUUGGCUUCGAGCAGCCGCAAAAAUAUUCACGGCCCUCAGCGUCUCAUCGGUACGAGAAAGAAUAUCAGCGAUGACAGAACCACCAAUGUAGCCAGCGGCUCCAGUGACAAGAACGUUAUGAGGCAUAAUGCUGAAAAGACAAUGUGAUGUAAUAAAUCGAAGGUUGAUGUGUAUUUCUGAACUGUGUCUGACUUCUGAGUACUUGUUAUUCCAUGAGAAAAGCAUAACCAUUUAUACUGAUUGUCUCUCAACCAUAAGACACCUGUCUCCAUGCCAAGGGAAUCCUUCUGACAGCAAGAGGUGGAAUUAGUAAAUGUGAUUGGCUCGGCUGACUCCACAAAUAACCAAUACCUGGAAAUCCGCGCGUUUCCGGGAGGUUUGUCAUCGAUAGUCCCCUCCCCAAUAUCAUUAUGAUGGAGACAUUGUCAAUGACAAACUUCUACCAACCAAAAAUAAUCGACAUGGAAUCCCGCGCAUCUCCGACGGACAAGAGAGGCUUCGACCGCCCUGCGAUCAGUCGCCGCUCGUGCGAUCAAUGUCGAGCGAGAAAGAUCGGAUGUGAUAGAUCAACGCCUUGUUCCAACUGCGUAUCAGCCCGCGUCGACUGCACUCAUAGCAGGAUCGCGCCCAAGCUAAGCACUGCUAGGCAGAGAGUCUUGGUCUCUGAACAAUACGAGCGAAAGAUUGAUGACAUCUCUCGCGAUGUCAGCAGCAUUAAGUCUCUGUUGGCAGGACUCGACCUGAACAGAGUCGCGUCAGCACAAACGUCACAAGAGCAGCAUCAUUCGGCUCCUAUACCUUCAAGUCCAGCCAAAGCAAAUCGUCCGGAGACACUUCGACCCCCUGAUACCGCUGCUCCGCUUCCUUGCUGGGAUUACUCUGCCCAUAUCAUAGGCUUUGUUCAAUCCAUUAUCCAGGACAGUGGCUCAGUGCAAGCAGACUCUGAAUGGAGCAGUACCGUUUCUUCGUUGAAAGUUCUUGCCAAUGCUUUGAAAAACACUCAGAUGACACGGAGUCAUCGGCCAAAACCUCAUGAGCCACCAGAAAGUAUCCCGACGCCCCCGUUGGAAGCUAUCGUGGAAAUUCUGCGGUGGGCUAGAGCUCAUUCCAGAGAUCAUAGGGUCAUUUGGAUAUGUCGGUUCCUUCCGCUCGAUGUCUUCCUAGACAUAUGCAACAAGGUCUAUUUCCGCGUCGAAGAUCAUUCCGAGGCCGAGUUUAUCAUCGCGAAUAGUUUCUUAUCAUACGUAUUCGCCGAGUAUGCGGUCAUCCACGGAGAUAAGAAGUCACAGGAAUACUGUCGCUUUUAUCGAUCCAAAGUUGGCAGCGGCCUUACUAAACUGCCUCUGUUGGCGACGCCAUGCAUGGAACUCAGCGCCGCGCUAGCUCUUGGGGCAAUUUACUUGGUCGAGGAAAGCCGAGCAUCACAGUCGUGGACCUUGAUCUCGACUGCAAUGACACUAUGCCAGACGCUGGGCUAUCAUCAGCUUGACUCGCCUAAAGACAGCCAUGAAGUCAUACAGUCCGACUUAUUCUGGGUCGUUUACGCAUAUGAAAAGGGUCUUUCAUUGAGGUUAGGGCGUUGCUCCGGUGUUCGCGAUUCCGAAAUAUCUUGCCGCCGCCAGGCAAACCAGCAUCGAUCCAUUCGUCUCGCGCGGAUACAGGGAAAGGCAUAUGAUCAGCUAUACAGUCCCGAGGGCUUGAGCACAUCAAGCACCACGCGUUGCGAGGUAGCUAAGAGCCUUGCACAAGAGCUACAGUCAAUCAUAGAUGAGACCCAUCACGAAAUCGCAAAAGCUCUGGCGGAGAGUCGAGAUAUGAAUGAUGACCCUAUGAAAGUCAUAUACCUCCAUUGCGAUCUUGUUUGCCAAUCAGCUUUGACGGCCAUGGUUCUCAGGGUGUUGCCUGGCUCCCAAGGUAUGGAGGUCCAUGAAAGCUGUCUCACUGUUGCUCGCAACACCUUGGACCUUCAUGAUCAGUGCAUGAAACUUGUCAACGGAUGCAAAGAUCCUCUGUUGAUCCGGAGAUACAUAAACUGGGCUAUCUUGCAUACACCCUUCUUUCCAUUCAGCAUCGUCUUCACUCAUGCUGUACGAUACUCAAUUGAGGAGGACUUUGACCGCCUAGAUAGAUUCGCAGCCUCAUUGAAACCAGAGUCGACCAGUGCAGAGCCCGCAACACAUCCGCAUCGACUAUAUGAGCUCCUCAGCAAAGCUGCUCGCCUCAGCGCCAAAGCCCGCCCCGAGCUGUCGCAAACGGCCGAAUCUCUAUCAAGCUCAAACGACUUUACGAUGGUUGAUCCCGAAGCAGCGAAUGUUACAGAUGAAAUUGGCGCGACUGAUGCUGCAAUUGGUGCCGAAUACGAUGGGUCGUUCCAUAUCGGGGAGUGGUUUCACAGCAAUCAGCAAUUUAUGCGACUCCUGCACGAAGAUGUACCGUAUUGAACCGGCUCUAUUGCCCUUUUUGCAGAUGACGUUAUACUUGGUAAGACAGGAUGCUGCGUAGUAAGCUUAGGUUUUAUUGAGUGACGUGUCAAGCUCUUCAUAUGAUCAGAGUAGCUCAUGUCAAGGGAAGCAGACUUCGAAGGCACAUGUAGCCAGUUUUGACUCCAUAAAUACUCUUCACAUGGUAUUCUAGACUAAGGAAAUAAGGUGGGGCCUUCAGAUGUAAUUAAAAACAAGGUUCUCAUGCAUAAAUGUUCUGGAAUCACG